UUUAGAUAGUAAUUUUCAUAAACGUUUAGCCGUAACUUUGUCUAUCUCUUGAUAUUGUAUUAUCUAUUUCUGUAAGUUAUGAACCCCCAGUAACACUACCCCUCACUGUUAAAUAAAUUUUCGUCGAGUCAACAUGAAAACUCUGUCCUACAGUUUCAUUGUACUCGAGUUCUUCGGCGGGUGGAAACCACUCGAGUGGAACAGAAGCAUAAAAGGAAAGUUAUAUGAUAUGUAUACACUAAUGGUCGCCUUAACAAUGGGCACUUUCAGUAUAUCUUGUAUGUUAGAUUUAUUUUACACAACAAAUUUUGAAGAUAUUGUUCAUGAUAUGGCAGUGUCAUUUACUUUCAUAGUUAACUUUUUCAAAUUGGUUUUUCUCAAGUGGAGAUAUAAUGAAUUAAAAAACGUCAUUAAGUUAUUGGACCUCAAUAUAUGUAAAGCCAGAUGCGCUAAUGAAGCUAACAUACAAUUGAAAUUUGAUAAAAAAGUGGAAAGUCUCGUCAAAAAGUAUGGAGGUUUGGUGUCAGGUGCAGUUGUUGCAAUAACCUGUGCUUCAGUAUUAGACAAUACUUCCGCUAAAACGCUUCCUUUCAAUGGCUGGUUCCCUUAUCGACAUAACGACAGCACCGGAUUUUGGGUCGCAUAUUGUCAUCAAAGUAUCGCACAUUUUUAUGUGGCAAUGAUUGGAUUUUCGUUUGACACUGUUGUUUAUGGUGUUUUGUUACAAAAUUGCAGUCAAUUACAAAUUUUAAAAAAUCGCCUAGAGAAUUUUGUUGAAAUAAUUAAUGAAGAAAAAUUGAAUAACAAAACUAAUGGAUCGGUUUGCACAAUAAGAGAGAGUGAACGUCAUCUUAUUAAGCAAUGCAUUCAUCAUCACUGGAUUAUUUUACAAUUUUCUCAACGAUCUAAUGAUUUAUUUGCUCCGAUGAUAUUUAUGCAAUAUUUUUUGAGUUCUCUGAUACUUUGUCUAAGCGUUCAAUCAUCAACGAAGCUUGUUUUUAUGAGUCCUGAGUUUAUAUUUAUGGUCAUAUACCUUGGAUGUAUGUUAUCGCAAAUAUUUUUAUUUUGUUGGUAUGGCAAUGAAGUAGCGCUAGAGAGUUCAGGAAUACAUUUUGCAAUUUACAAUAUGAAUUGGCAAGUUUUGACAACUAGAAGUCAAAAAGAUUUGUUGAUAAUAAAAACCCGGGCUAUUUUAUCAAUUAAAUAUACCAGUGGUCAUUUGAUAGAACUUUCAUUAGAUUCAUUCACUAAACUCAUUAAAUUUUCUUACUCGGCGUACAAUCUUCUUCAUCAAAAAUAGUUUAAAUUCCAGUAAAUUAUAAAUUUUAAGUUAGUAUUUAGUAGUUUGUACACUGCGCACAAAAUUGAAGAGAUGAAAAGAUUAAUAUUAAAUUGUUUUAAUUAAAAUACAAUUACGUCUAACUCUAAAAUAAUGGAAUCGCGAAAAGAGAUCUGGAAAUGGGUUGGCCCUGCGGGCUAGCCCCAGAACUUCCUGCUGUUUUUAAGCUCAAAGAGCUCGGAAAAAUUAUUAUUAUUAUUAUUAUGAAUAAAGUCAGUGUUUUCAGACAAAA